CCAAAGAGCGGUGAUCCUCAAGCUCCGCCAGACCGGUGGCUUACACUGCAACUGCAAGCCAUUUGAUUGGCUGGAAACGUGCACCAGUUUUCUUCCUCAGCUUGGCAGCACAAAGCUUUCGACGUUCCAACCAUUUUUCUUUUCCCUUCUUCUUUGUUCAUCUUUUUGAAGCUUCUAUAAUGGCAGACACUUUGGCCCCUCCUACCCUUCCCAAGGGUGUUAAGAAACCCAACAAGGAAGAAUUCGAUAAGCAGGUCAAUGAGAGCAUUGCACGCAUCGAGAAACUCAAGAAGCAGAUGAACACGAUUUGGGAUAAGAUCAACAGUAUGCCUGCUCAAAAGGAGAAUGCUCGUCAGGAAGAGGUGAAGGCUCAGUUGCAAGAGCUUCGUAGAAAGCAGGCCGAGAUCAAGAGUAGCCGAAAAGCCGUCUAUGAACAGUUGGAUGCUCUUCAGGAGUCUAUCCGACAAAAGGUAAACAACAUCAAAUCUUUCCAGAACAAGGUUCCUUACAAGACCAAGGCUGAGGUGGAUCAGCGUAUCGCUGAACUUGAGAGCAAGAUUGAAAGCGGUGUACGUCUUGUGGAAGAAAAGAAGAUUCUUCAGGAAAUCUCUCAAUUGAAGCGUGGCCGUGAUGCUGUAGAGGAUGUUGAUGAGCAGCAGGCUGCUAUUGACCGCGAACGAGCCAUCCACGCGGAAUUGAAGAAGAACAUUGAUACAGAGGAAGCCAAAAAGCUCAGCAAGCAAUACGAAGAACUCGAUGCCGAGUUCAAGAAUUUGCAUUUGGAACAGAACAAGCAGUGGGAAUCCCGCAACAAAUUAUUCAACGAACUGACUAAAGUCCGAACCGAAAAGGACGAGGAACAGGCCAAGCUUCGAACCUUGCGUGACGAACACCGCAAGGCCAAUGACGAAUAUUACAAUUUUGUGCGCAAGUUGCGUGAAUUCAAGGAAGAACAAGAACGUCUUCGUAAAAUCCAGGAAGAAAAGGAGAAGCGUGAGGCAGCGGCCAAACAGGAAUUGGAAGAAGCGGCCUUGCCUGCUUUUGAAAGUGAAAUUGCCCUGUGCGAGAACCUUACCAAAUAUUUGCAAGGCUUUGUGGCGGGCGGAUCGUCCGAGGAACAGCGCACCGACAACGGUGCCAAUGCUCCUGAUGCACCUGAGGGUAUGGUGGUGAUGAAGAAGAAGGAUGAUGAAGAAUUCUUCUCGGGUGCAAGCAAGAAGAAGCAGCGUGGCAACAAGGCCAAUAAGGAAAAGAAGACCGAUGCACUCAAGUUGCCUUUGGCUACCAUGGAAGCCUUUUUCGAUAUCAAGGUGACCGUGCCUACCAAGAUCUCGGAGAUUCCCGCCACUCUUGAAAAACUCAAGGAAAGAAAGGCUUACUAUGUGGCCGAGCAGCCCAAGGUCACUGAAGCCAACAAGAAGCGAGCUGAAGAAAAGAUUGCGGCUUUGCAAAAGAAGAUGCAAGAAGAACAGGAAGAAGCAGCAGCAGCAGCCAAGGCAACAGAAGAACAACCCGUAUCUCAGGACGAUAGCGAGAAAGCUGACGAGCAGUAAUGCAGCACACAUUUUAGCCUAUUUUUGAAACGAUAG